UACCAACUUCUUACACUAUUGACACUUGACGGACAGUUGAAUGACGUGUUUAUGUAUGUUGAACACAAUAGUUUGAAAAGUAGUAUUGGAUUUUACUUAAUCAUCCGGGAAAUUGUGAUUGACAGCCGGAAUGGGUCUUCUCACCGUGUUGAAGAAAAUGAAGAUGAAAGAAAAGGAAAUAAGAAUACUAAUGUUGGGAUUAGACAAUGCAGGCAAAACAACCAUUCUUAAAAGAUUUAAUGGUGAGGAGAUAGAUACCAUAUCACCAACACUUGGAUUCAACAUUAAGACACUGGAACAUCGAGGGUACAAGCUGAAUGUGUGGGAUGUAGGUGGCCAAAAAUCCCUGCGUUCUUAUUGGAGGAACUAUUUUGAAACAACUGAUGGCCUAAUUUGGGUUGUUGAUAGUGCUGACAAGCGGAGACUGGAGGAUUGCUGUAAAGAAUUGCACACACUUUUAGAAGAAGAAAGACUGGCAGGAGCAACACUGUUAGUUUUUGCUAACAAACAAGAUCUGUCCGGGGCACUGUCUGCGGAAGAAAUAAGAAAUGUGUUGGAGCUGGACUCCAUAAAAACUCAUCACUGGCAGAUUGUAUGGUGCAGUGCUAUAACAGGACAAAACUUACUUCAAGGAAUAGAUUGGCUUAUCGAUGACAUUGCUGCUAGGAUAUUCACGUUAGACUGAUGUACUGUGAAAUUUAAUUAAAUUAUUUAACUAUUUCACAAUAAUUUAAUAUCUGUGACUUUUUUAUAAUCCUUAACUACAGUUUCAGUUAUAAUAAACGUGCUUGUAAUAAA